CGGAGCGGGAGGCGGACCGAACCAUUCCACCGGCGCCGAGGGGAGACACACAUUCUCAUGCACGUCUCCGUGUUCUUUCAUUCAUUGCGUGAUAAUAUUUUUUAAUUCGAGUGUUUUCCUUUUUGUUUUUAAUUCUGAGUGUAUACAGAGUGGUCUCUGAGUGAUUAGAUAUGCAGAAGGGAGUGAAGAUGAAGAGGAGCACUGAUGAGUUUACUCCAGGGGACACAGUGUUUGCUAAGAUGAAGGGUUAUCCUUUCUGGCCUGCCAGGAUUGGGGAAGGAAAAGCCCCCAGAAAUAAGAUCCCUAUCUUCUUUUAUGGAACACACUCGACUCUCCUUUUCUGCUCUUCCAGAACGUUUCUCUUCCCCAAAGACAUCGUCCCCUACUGGCCAAACAAAGAGAAGUACGGCCGGCCAAUCAAAAGGGGCGGGUUCGAGGAGGGCAUGUGGGAGAUCGAGAAUGACCCGGGUGUGGGCCUCAGAGGUCAAAAGAAAGCAGCGCUAGUCAAACGACUGUCAGAGAGUCGACUGAAACUGAAAGACGCAGAAAAUCAGAUCGAAGCCAAAAAACAGACGGGAUCCCGAACGGAUUCAGCGCCGAACAGCGAUUCGAGGGAAACUCUUGUGAAACCCAGCAAAACAAAGUCUGAAUCCGUCGCUAAAACGAGGUCGACGCGUUCCAGAGAUUCAGCGGUGAAGACCGUCACGCCAGAGGACAGACGGACGGAUAAAGUCACGCCUGCGAGGAAGACGCUCGCGGCAGGAAGGAGGGUUUUACCGUCCAGGAAGAUCAUUUUAACCAGACGAGCAUCAGCAGCAAAGACGCUCUCGGCUCGCAGGAAACACACGCUGAACAGAAAGAUCCUUUCAACCGCCGAGAAACCCAUAGACGCUCAUAAUCACAAGCAGCCCUUGAGGGUCACGCGCUCCACUGCAGAUCUGAGCCAGACACCAGACGAAAUCCCUGCGACGCCGGUGACGGGGACCGCUCUGAAGAGGAAACGCUCGCUAACUGAUUCUGAUGUGAAGGAAGGUGUUCCUCUUCCUGUGACGAACAGCUCCAGCCCAGCAGGCUCAAAGAGGAAGCGGUUCACAGAGGAACAAGAACCGAAGAAGAGCGAGGUCCAGAACAUAAACACACAAGACAAGGACGAACAGAAUAAACUCAAACAGAUGAACAGUGACGUCCAGAUUGUCUCUGAAAAGCAGGACGAGACAAAAGAGGAGAAGAAACCGAAAGAUGAAGAGAGGAGCAGGAUCCUGGCCGAGAAGAGGCAGAGCGUGCUGAGGUCGCUGCAGGGAUUGGUGACGUCCACCAGAGGAAAGACUCCGAGCAGCGCCGAGGAGCCGAACGAAGAACCUGACCGCAGGAGCACGGAACAGCAGAACAACAACAACAACAACAACAACAGAGAGGAAGAGCUCAGAGCUCAUUCUCUGUCCGUCACAGACUCAUUACUCUACCGGCUUCAUGGUGACAUCAGGAUCUCAAUGACGCUCAAAAAUCCAGAUGUCAGUAAGUGUUUAUCGGCUCUGGAUGAGUUGAGCACCGUCCCGGUCUCGUCUCGAAACAUUCAGAACCACAGCGAGCUCAUCGACACGCUCAGAAAGAUGCGCUGGUUUCGUGGCAGCGAGGCGAUCAUGUUUAAAGCCUCCAUGUUGUAUCAUCGCUUUAAAAACAUCUACCUCAUCGGAGACACCGAGGAGACUCGGAGUCAGGAGUUCAUCGAGGAGAGCGAGACGGAGGCCGGAGCAGUUAGUGGAGUUAAAGCCGUCGGUCUGACGAACGUCUGUCAAGAGACCCGAGAUACCAAACCACUGAACACGUGCCUCACGGGUGUGACAUCAUCAUGACAUCACAGCGAGCCUCGCUGCCUGCCGUCUCAACCUCACGUUACAGGAAUACUUCACCCUCGGGCCAGGAACUUGUCGGAUCCUGUGCAGUAAAUGGGUGCCACUUCCACCGGCGGAGGCGUUAUUAUAGAUUAUGGACUCGUAUUUUAGUUAAAGGGACAGUUCACCCAAAAAUGAAAAUUACCCCAUGAUUAACUCACCCUCAAGGCAU